GGUUAAGUUAACCCUGCCCUAAAAACAAGUAUAAAGCAUGUAUACAUGCAUACACAGCCUGAACCUGAAGACACUCACAUCACCUCAAGUCACCAUAGUGCGAGUAUUGAAGAAAAAAAAAAUGUUCGCUUUAUAAAAGAAAACCACAAGUGAUGGUGAUCGCAUGGGCCAGAUUAAUCCGCAUUUCCAUCACAAAUCUAUCACCCCAUCUGCACCUUUACACCAGAUCUUAUUCAAAAACAUCACCUGAAACCGCCUCCAAUAUCCGCACACUGAACAACAAACUCACCCACUUGAUCCGAAACAGCAAGUUGGAUGAAGCAAGAUCGUUAUUUAACAGCUCAAAACAAAGAAAUACGAUAACUUGGAACUCGAUGUUAAGUGGGUACGUAAGACGGGGAGAUAUAACUAAAGCACGCCAACUGUUCGAUGAAAUGCCUGAACGAGAUACAGUGUCGUGGAACACUAUGAUUUCGGGGUAUGUUGGUUGUGGAUGUAUAGAGGAAGGGAAGGUGUUGUUUGAGGUAAUGCGGUGUCGAGAUAUUGUGUCGUGGAACACGGUUAUUAGUGGGUACGCGAAGAAUGGACGGAUGGAUGACGCGUUGAGGCUUUUUGAUCAGGCGCCUGUUAAGAAUGUUGUUACUUGGAAUGCUAUGGUUACAGGGUUUUUGCAGAAUGGUGAGUUGGGGAAAGCGGUUUGGUUUUUUAAGAAAAUGCCGGAGCGGGAUGCUGCGUCUGUUAGUGCACUUGUGUCGGGUCUUAUUCGCAAUGGUGAAUUGGAUAAAGCUGGAAAGAUUUUGCUUGAAGUUUCGUGUGAGAAUGAUGAUAGAUUAGAUAUGGUUCAUGCUUAUAAUACUUUGAUUGCUGGGUAUGGCCAAAGAGGAAGGGUUGAAGAUGCUAGACGCCUUUUUGAUCAAAUACCGUAUCAGCAAGAUCGGAACAGAUCCGUGAGGUUUAAAAGAAACGUGGUAUCGUGGAAUUCUAUGAUUAUGUGCUAUGUGAAAGCCAAAGAUAUUCUCUCUGCCAGAAUUUUAUUCGAAGAGAUGAUGGAGCGGGACACAUGUUCAUGGAAUACCAUGAUAAGUGGCUACAUUGAUGUAUCUGACAUGGAAGAAGCGUCUAAGUUGUUCAGAGAAAUGCCAAACCCGGAUGUAUAUUCAUGGAACUCAAUGAUUUCGGGGUAUGCCCAGAUGGGUAAAGUGGAAAAAGCUCAUGAAUUUUUUGAAAAAAUGCCUGAAAGAAACCGGGUUUCUUGGAAUUCCAUGAUAGCUGCUUGUGAGAAAAAUAAACGAUAUAAAACAGCGGUAGAGCUUUUCAUCAAAAUGCAGUUAGACGGAGAGAAACCCGAUAGACACACAUUGUCAUCACUUCUGAGUGCUUGUGCUGAAAUUGUCGAUAUUAAACUCGGUACACAAAUACACCAGCAGGUCAUAAAGAUUGUUGUUCCGGAUGUCCCGUUAAAUAACUCCCUUAUUACCAUGUAUGCCCGAUGUGGAGCUAUAACCGAAGCUAGGGCUAUCUUUGAGGAGAUGGAAUCUCGUAAAGAUGUUAUCUCAUGGAACGCUAUGAUCAGUGGGUAUGCAUCUCAUGGAUAUGCAAAUAAGGCGUUGGAACUUUUUGGUGUGAUGAAGGAGCUAUCGAUCAAACCGACGUAUAUAACAUUUAUAUCUGUUUUAAAUGCGUGUGCAAACACUGGCUUGGCCGAUCAAGGGCGUAUGCACUUUAAAUCUAUGGUUAAUGAUUAUGGUAUUGAACCUAGGGUUGAACAUUAUGCCACACUUGUGGAUAUCGUGGGUCGGUCUGGACAACUUGACGAGGCUAUGGAUGUGAUUAAAGGAAUGCCGAUUGAACCCGACAAGGCAGUGUGGGGUGCGUUACUGGGUGCGUGUAAAGUGCAUAAUAAUAUUAAGUUAGCGCGUGUUGCAGCUGAAGCGUUGAUACGUCUUGAACCUGAAAGCUCAACUGCGUAUGUGUUGCUACAUAAUAUGUAUGUUGAUAUUGGACAAUGGGAUGAUGCAACAGAAAUCAGAAUGUUGAUGGAGAAACAUAAUAUACGAAAGGCGGCAGGGUAUAGUUUGGUGGAUUCAAGUUCAAGAUGAUUUUGACUCCUUUAAUAUGAUUUCUAGUUUAUAUGAUUGAACUGAUUGGUCAAAUACAUAUAGAUACACAUUAUCCCGAUCGUGUCCAGAAAGAGGCCUGCGAUCUCGGUUCAACCCAAUUAUAGCCGUUUAAAGUUCAAACCAUACAGAUACUUUUCACGACUACUACCAACGUUUGAUGGGCUUUCGGUAUGUUAUGAUAACCCACCGGAUUCUCUAAUAUUGUUGUUUUCAUGUUGUUUGACUCUAAACCAUAAAUACUCGAAUUAUCUCGGGUAGAGACGUAGAGUACUCAGAACAAUUGUAGAAGGUUACUAUUGUGACCCUUUAAGUUCUAAUAUAGGGGGUUAGAAGGCUUAGCCCGCAAUCUUUUUUUUGUUUG